AUGGCAUUUCUCCGUCUCAUCCCUGACGAACACUUGCCAUCCAAAGUAAACUCCGCCAUUCCCGAGUCUUCCACGAAAGGCUGCGAGCCGUCUUCCAAACCAGUGUCCGCAAACACCCAGGCCAAGAGCGGCAGUUCCGAUUGCAAAUUUCUCAAGUUGACACCCGACCCAAGACAGCCCUCCAAGCAUCAGAGCACACCAGGCGGCAGUGACAUGGUGACUAGUCGGGCCACAUGA